AUGUCAUCUAAAUCCAUCGCCCCGAUCGAGAUAGGGUCGUUCACUGCCUCGACGCCUGAAAAGACCGAAUUCAUCGGCAGCGCCAGCGGAGUCUUCUUCGUCAACACCGUCUUUCGCGCCUUUGCUCGAUCAGCUUAUAACUCCAAGACGCUAACUUCCAACGAUCAGUCUGCACAAAAUGACCCUGGUUCCGUCGACAGCCGGCUGGUCGAUCCAGAGACCCCCAUGCAACUGGACCAUGAGAGCGCGGGGAUGAGGAUCCUCAUAGAGAACGAAACUGGCCCGAAUUCUUAUGGCGUCAAAGGGCAUGGGCUCGGGGUGGCUCCAGAGCAAGACUCAGCCAGGGAGCUUCUCAUGCUCUACCUCAAGAACUGGCAUCCUCUUUUCCCAUUUCUGCAUGGGCCGACCCUCUUCGAGACAAUCCGCGGUCUGUAUGAGAGCGACGGCCAGAGGAAGCUUUCACUGAGGCACCGUCUAUGCCAUGCCAUCAUCUGUCAAUGCGUAUUCAACGUUGCAGCCCUCGACAAGCCCGACGGAGCCCUUGCCACGGCAUCGCGGCUGGAUUCGCCUGCGAAAUUACUCUCACUCCUCGGCUACGUCGCGAGCAACCACGACAACCUCUCGUUGCAGGCCCUGCUCGCUGCCCAGCUCUACCUCGUGGCAACCAUGUCUCUGCGAGCGGCGUCGACGAUAGGAGGCACCCUGAUACGGGUGAUGUAUCACGCAGGUUUCCAUCGCUGCGCUUUCCGGUACCCCCAGCUGUCACCCCAUGAAUGCGAAUUGCGCAAGAGGAUCUUCUGGAGCGCCUACGUGCUGGAUCGCUAUUUGAGCCAAGCACUCGGUCAUCCUCUGAGCAUUCAAGAUUCUGACUUGGAUGUUUGCAUCCCAGGCAUGGGCGAACUGCAUAAACCAGUCAAAACAGGCCAGCAGGUAUCGUCUACGGCUCGCGCGGCCACUGAAGGAGUCCUAGCUCACCUGCCUCGGGGUCAUUACAGGCGUGAGUCGCGCUCAGAAGAACCUAUGGCCUCAGAACAGGCUGGGGGUCCCGCGACGGCCUCGGAAUCAGAGUCCCCCAGCCUGGAUCCUUCUAAUGAUAUCAACUUUUCACAGUCGUCCCAAAGCUCGCAGAUUCUGGGUCAUUAUGUGCUCUAUUGCCGGCUCACAGGCCAAGCAGUUCAGAUAUUCCACAUCUCGCUUCAGAACCGGACGAUCAGUGCGGAGCGAAUGAUGGAGCUGCAGUCAAACGUCCACGCGUGGUGGAAUGGGCUGCCCCAGGAAUUACAGGACGAGUAUACUGGAGACGGAGUGAAGCUAGCGUCGACUUUCACAUUCUUCUUUUCAGUACUGUAUAAUCAUCUUUUGCUGCUCAGUAAUCGUCCAUUCCUAUCUCUAUCACCAAAGUCUCUAGAAUUCAAGUCGAGUCUGCAGACAUGCAUUGCAGCAAGCCGUCAGAUUAUUACGACCUCAAGACGGCAGCACGACCGCGGGUUGAUUGUAUCUUGGCCCGGAAUGCUCUCAGCGACGUGGAUGGCCGGGUUGGUUUUGGCCUUUGCUUGUACUCUGAAACGAUAUCCAUUCAGCAAAGCGCAAAGAGAAAUCGAGGACGCAAUUCGUAGUCUUUCGGCAAUGGCAAAGAGCUGGAACAAUGCGAGACACUGUGCAGAAGCCCUUCAAACCCUGUUGGAAAACCUGACAACACAAUAUAGCCGGGGGCAGAAUGUUAUGGCCUCGCCUUCGUCCUCAAAUAUGGCUGCCACGGGGACUUCAAUGCCAGCAACGGUUGGCGGACCAUCCGAACAAAUUGCCACGCAGCUCUCCUUGACAGAGCCGAGUGAGCCUUCCAGGAAGAGGAAGAGGACCAAUCGGGGGCAACAAGGACAGAGCCAACAACAAAGCGAGCUACCUGACGCGACAAAUGGUCGCUCGACUCAAUCUCAAACGAUCAACCAAGAUUUUGACGCCGACUCAUACCAACUGCCCAGCCUCAACAGUGGGUCAAUGUUCCCGAUCCUCGAAUACACAGGGCCAGAUUUUGGUUUCAGCAAUGGACAGUAUCCAACGAUGGACGACUUCGAGUUCCUUGGUCUGCCAGUUUCCGACGAUCUGUACCCCAACAAUCCCGGGGCCUUCGGUAACAUCGGAUGGGAGGCAAUGGCUAACGGUUCUGGCAACAUGCAGAGCUGGGCCACUUGGGGAACACCGAAGUUUUGA